UGAAGAAAAUUUAUAGUUAACGAUUGGAACUAUAAUCAUUUAUAAGAAAGCACUCGAUAAGCUUGCAAAAUAAGUGAAAAUAAAGAAAACAAUUCAAUAACAUGUCCUAUAUGAAUUUUUAUUGGAUUAUACAAUAUUUUUCUCUGAAUUUAAAUGUAUAUGUAAAUUCGAAAAAGUGAUCAGUACAAGACUAUAAAUGCAUAGCUACAACUACGAGUUUUAUACAUGCAAUACUAAAGACAUAAAAAUUAGUUACGCAUAUAAAGAAUAUCGCAGAAAACUAUAUUUGCGAAAACCCACAUCAGUAUACUUUCUCCGAGACCUCUGAUCGAUCAUUUAUCGUCUGUCAUCUCCAUCCGAAGAGUGCCGAAUAUUAUAAGUAAACGAGUAAGCGAGCGAACAAACAAGCCACCCUGAUCGCAAUGCGAAGCAACAGAGAGCAUCGAGCAGAUCGCGCAGCUGCAGGCAACGGUCGGUGGUCGGCGGGUGACGGACGGUGAGCGGCGUUAAACGGGAGCCAAGGGCCGUGUCGGUGGGGUUGCAAUGCGGGAGAAGACGCAACUAGCAGUUUCGAGCGGUUUCUCUUCGAUCAGAGUGUACUCGCUGCUGGAGCAGCGUGGUAACGUCUGCGUUCAGAUCGCGUUUUAUUCCCGAAAAACAAUAAAACUGCACCUACGUUUAGGAAAAGUUACUCCGACGACGCAACGUGACGACGAAAGGAAGGAUAAGAGUACAAAAAAAAUUGAAAAAGAAGAAGAAGAUAAAAAGGAAGAAGAAGAAAAAGAAGGCAUAAAGUAAGUCGAGAGAAAAGAAGAGAAGGAGGAGCAGGGAGGAGCUCGCGCACUCCCUCAGCCGACGAUAUAAGGUGCCGGUCUCGGGAUAGAGGGCGAGGGUGGCUCGUAGCAGAAGCAAGAAGAGGAAGAGGAAGAGGAAGAAGUGGGGGAGGGGACGGGCGAAGGGAAAGGAUGUCGAUGCGCCAGCGGUGCUCGGUUUCGGGGGUUGACUCGCGCCGCGGGGGCGAUGAGCGCAUUUCCCUCCGCCCUGAGAUUUCCAACCCGCUUCUCCUGUCGUUCCUGGCUCCUGUUCGGCUGCAGCAUCGUCUUCCUGAUCUCGAAUCUAAUCACCACCACUAUUGCCGAUCGUUCUUCCUCGGGGAAUCGUCCUCGAAUCUCUCGACGGCAGGUGGGAGGUGAUGACGUGCACGAAUCAUCGAGCUACCUCGACGACCACGUCGCCGUCUACGACGACGGCGAGAUACUCGACGAUCUGGACGACUACUUUGAGGCGAAUAUUACUGCAGAGAAGGGCCAGUAUCUGGGCUCGCCGUGCGAACUUACGUGCAAUCCGGAACUGCAGCACGUGAUCUGUGAUUCCAUCACUGGCUUGUGCGAGUGUGAAAAAUUCUACCCCGUUCGUCUUGGGCCUAGCAAAGGAUGUGCCAAACCGAAAAGACUCGGAGAGCAAUGUUUUUACCGUGCGACUUGCAUCUUUACGGAUCAACACUCGACAUGCACACAGGUGCAGCACAAUGCGGUGUGCGACUGCGAGGAAGGCUAUCACAGAGUCACCUUGUCCAGACCAACAAAGAAGGUCUUCUGCGCCGAAGAUCUCGUGCUGAUAACUACAGAUAUACCGACACUACUUUGCAUAGCAUCUGGCAUAGCUGUUUUCACGGGCAUGAUAUGUUUUGUCCUGAAACUAUUCAGCCGUGCGAGAUACUCAAGACCACGACAUUAUGCUAACGCGAAUCAUGCACCACCUAUGCUAUUCUCUAGUGAUACAGGUAUACCUCUGACGCUGCACGGUGGCCGGCCAUCUUCGCGUUCGAGCCAGAGAAGCGGAGGCGGCGGAUCGCUGAGCUGCGCGUUCACCAGGAGGCCUAGCAGCGGUGGUAGUCGCGGUCCGCUGGUACCGACAUCGAGAGCAGGUGCGGCACGAGCCGCCGCCAUCUUGCUUAUAUCGUGUCACCUGCAGGCGACCAAAGGCGGAAACAAGCACCGACGUACCCUUAGUGACGUAGCUGAGGGAUCGUCCGACGGCCUCGGUUCCCGUCGACCUAGCUUAGCAUCAGUUCACAGUUCAACAUCCUCAGCUCGUAGUUAUAGUGCACGUAGACUGGAAAAAGAACGGAAUGAAAAAGAGCAACGACAGGCUCUCCAGGAGUUGAGAUUACAAAAACAACGUGAACAACAGCAGCAACAACAACAACAACAACAACAACAGCAACAACAGCAACAACAAAUAGCACCUACACCAAGUCCUAGAACUCCUCAUUCUACGGACGAACUUUUACCAUCAGUCGAAGAGGGUAAAGAAGUAUUUUACAACGAGCAGGUACCGACAACUUCGGAGUCACCAGAGACAAUGAAAACAGCGUUAUCAACGACGAAAGCAGUGGCCACCAAUAGAAAAGUCGACGUUCCAUCUGUCGCAAUCCCGACAACAUCCAUCUUUGACACGAAUGUAGCGCCGCGCGCCUCCGUAGACAUUUUUCAAGUAUAGAUCGAGAUUGUGAGUCUUCGUCAUCGUGAUUCUUCGAAACGAUCGAACGAUACAUCAUCCGAUCUAAUUAGAAAAUAUAAUUAAUAAAAUCGUGACUAAUUUAAAAAAAAAAAAAAAAAACAAAAAAAAAUAAAAAAACAAUGUUCGUCGAGCUUCAUUUACGAACGCUCGACUUAUUAAUAAUGCUUAACAAUAAUGCGGAACGGGCGUCGUCAUAAAAUGGAGUUUCGUACUAAAAACAGUAUGCCAAUAACAUAACUUCAAGUAACUAGCGUUUUAUUCCGAAUUAACAAGAAGAAGAAGGUCUUAUGAAAGAUUAGAUCCUUUAAAGGAACGCGAUUAGUAAUAUCUGUCGUUUUUGCAUCGGCACCAAUCUAUUUUUUUUCUAUCUUAUUAUUACAAUAUUAAUGAUAUAUGAUAAUUACCAUUAUCUAAGAAACAGUAUUUCGAAGAAAACAACAACAGAUUAUAUAUGCAUAAAAUCUGUGGACGACGUACGUUUUCGUUGUGAGAAAAAAGAUUUUUAUGGAAUCCUUGCGCGAUUGAUUAUUGAGCGAUCUCAUGUGUUCUUAGAUAACCCAAACGAAACAAAAGAUAUAAUAUAGAUAUAUAUAUGCCUUUCAUAUACUACAUAAUAUAUAUUUAUUUAUAUUGUAUCGGUAACAUAUUUACAAUAUUUAUAUGCAGUAUAUCCAUAUACAUAUAUAUAAUAUAUCGACUUGUUCCGUAUGGGUAAAUCGUGGUUACAUGGGCCAUGUAAGUCGUAUCAGUUAACGUUUCAGCUCUUCGUCGAUAAUUAAACGACAUAUCAAACGAAAAAUGGUAUUUGACGGACAAAUGGUAAUGAUGGAGAAUAUAUGCAAAUUGAAUAUCAUUUUGCGUAGUCUUCUAAACUUUUGCGUCAAUGGAAAGACGAUUGACAAGGCAUUUUUCCUCUCUUUCUCGAAAAAUCGAGACUAAACUUGUCUUCUAAAAUCACUUAUCGUUAGAUAUUUAAUUGUUUGAAAACUGAUUCAUCACCACAUUAGAAUAAUUAAUGCAAUAUGGUUCAUUCUGUAUAAUGAAAAAGGAGAAGUUGAUCUAUUAGUAAAUCUCCCGAUCUCAUUACUUUAUAUCGAAACGAUUUGAAGUAUGAGGAUAGUUAUUAGAAAAUAUUUGAUAACAUUUAGUUCCUUUUAUUUUUAUACUUUUAUUUUAUAUGUUUAGUAUUUAUCGAGAGACGUAAACGCAUCGAGAAGAUUGUUUUGAUAAAAAAGGAUAAAAAUGAAGGUCUCUUUUUACAUUAGUUUAUGUCAACUAACGGUACACCAAUUUCUUAAUUAUCAAGAGUCACGCAUUUACUCGCAAUCCUGUACGAUCGUUCUACCAAUUUGUCAUUUCUCUCUAUCUCACAUUAUCUUUCUAUUUCUCUCCUUCUCUCUCUCUCUCUCUCUCUCUCUCUCUCUAUCUCACAUUAUCUUUCUAUUUCUCUCCUUCUCUCUCUCUCUCUAUCUCUCUAUC